UUUUAUGGUUUAAUUUUCAAUGUUUUAUAUUUAGCAAGUAUUCAUGACCAGCCAUUCCAUCCUCAGCAACAACCUCAUCCACCUCCUCAAUCGCAUCGAUAUAAUCGUAAUAGUAAAUGGGAUCAGCAGGCACCUAUUCGAGACGAUGGUUCUGCUUUUGGUAAUAAUCUUUAUGCGACAACACCUCCUUAUGGAAUGGUGCAUACUUUUGGUGGUGUUGGUGACAAUCGUUUGAUUCCCUCAAAUGCCCAAAGAGGAAAUGCUGGACCGUCUCAGCGUUGGGGUGAUACUAUUGGAGGUGGUGGAGGAUCUACAAUUCCUAGUCAAAUUGGAAAAUUUGGCGGAUGCGAAGUAAUCAGUGUGAUGCCUCAUACUAAUGCAGGUCCACCUCCUCAUCAUCCACCUCAUCAACAUCGUGGACCGCCUCAAAUCAGAGGUAGUAAUGGUGCUAUUUUUACUGCUGGACCGCCACCAUUACAUAUUGCUCCACCUUCAAAUCGACCGCUUCCAAAUCAUCCCUCGCAUCUAAUUGGUGGGCACAUGGGUGGACCACCGCCAGCACCAACUCCACUUUUGCCAUCAUUAAACCAGCAACCAACACAUUCGAUAGGAACAUUUGGUAAUGGAAGAAAUGUUCCUCCAAAUGGCCCCAACAAUAAUAUCCAAACUGGUCAGAUUGAUGAUGCUUAUUGGCAUUGGCAAGAUCCAAAUAGUCAGCUACGCAAAUGGAAACAUGAUACUGGCAUAGCUAUUUGGGGAGACCCAAUAAAGCAGGCUAAUAUGCCAAUUAAGCGUUGGACAAAUUUUACAACUGAUGAAGUUGUAACUGAAGUUAUGCCUGGAGAAUCUACUUUCAAUCAGGGCUGCCGCCAGAAUCAUCCGAUGGGUUGGGGUGAUUUGCCUCCAAUUGGUACAAAUGUAAACAAUAUAAACUCGAACAACAACAACAAUGGAACUACAGAUAAUAGUAAUCAUACGAGUGAUAACAAUGCUAACAGCAAUGUUCUUCAAAAUUUUGGCAAUCAUGGACAAGCUCCAAAUAAUCAGCAACAAACAAAUAGAAGUAACUCACUUUCUGCCGCUACAAGAGGAGAUUGGUCAACUGGUAAUGUUAUUCUUCCACAACAACACAAUCAGCAACAACAAUCUUUCAAUCAAAAUGGAAUGAUAUCAGGAGGGAAUGGUCAAUUUUUCAGUGGUAUGCCUCCAGCAUCCUCGGAAACUCCAGUUUCAACUGUUGGCCAGUCUUCGAUUUUCCAACCACCACCUUCACUUCUUUCUUCUAUGAUGGUAGAUCCAAUAACCGGUCACGCAAAUUCGGAUAUUGAUCAACAAUCUACUGGUGGAAAUGGAAGCGGAGAGUCAACUUCUAGAAAAGCAACUGUUAGUCCUCCGGAUGGAACCAAUUCUUUUGGAGGUGGAGUUAGACAACAGCCACAACAAACCACGCAUCGUCAAGCGAACAAGAAAGUAAGUCUAGCCGAUGAGCUCUCCUCUUUGGUUGUAAGCAACAAUCAUGGACUUGGUGGUGGUAUCUGGUAA